ACGACGCGGACACGCAGUUCUUUACAAGGAUGGAAGAUGACAGAGGCUGUAAUUUUUUAUUGGACAUCGCAGAUGUUUAGUUUUACAUAUUUUUGUAAAGAAAGUGUUAAUAUGGCAGAAUAACCAUGGGAGACUGGAAUUUCCUUGGAGGCAUUUUAGAGGAGGUCCACAUCCAUUCCACUAUUAUUGGAAAGAUUUGGCUCACGAUCCUCUUCAUAUUUCGAAUGCUUGUCCUUGGAGUGGCAACUGAGGAUGUUUGGAAUGAUGAACAAUCAGAAUUUAUAUGCAAUACUGAGCAGCCUGGUUGCAGAAAUGUGUGCUAUGAUGAGGCCUUUCCCAUCUCUCUCAUAAGAUACUGGGUCUUGCAAGUUAUUUUUGUGUCUUCCCCUUCCUUGGUGUAUAUGGGUCAUGCCUUAUACAGACUAAGAGCCUUGGAAAAAGAAAGGCAAAAAAAGAAAGCUCAGGUAAGGGUGGAACUUGAAAGCACUGAAUUAGAAAUGACUGAAAAUCGUAAAAGACUGGAGAGAGAGCUCCGGCAGCUGGAUCAAAGGAAGCUGAACAAAGCACCCCUGAGAGGCUCUUUGCUCUGCACUUACGUGAUACAUAUUUUCACAAGAUCUGCAGUGGAAGUUGGCUUUAUGAUUGGGCAGUAUCUUCUUUAUGGUUUUCACUUAGAUCCCCUUUAUAAAUGUCAGAGAGACCCAUGUCCAAACACAGUUGACUGCUUUGUAUCUAGACCAACAGAAAAGACAGUGUUUAUAUUAUUUAUGCAAUCAAUAGCAACUGUGUCAUUGCUUUUAAAUAUUCUAGAAAUUAUCCACUUAGGAUUCCGAAAAAUUAAAAUGGGACUCUGUGAGCAGAAUAGAACCAAAAAUGACUCUGAGAAUUUCUACAUAAACAAAUCUAAGAAAUACUCUGUGAUACCACACUCUUCUUUGGGAAUAUCCAGCACCCCUCAGAAAACACUUCCUUGUGCCCUUAGCAGUUACACAUUUUUGAUGGAAAAGCAAACUGACACCAUGCUCUACCCAGUUUUAAAUUCUCCUUCUAUGUUUCAGUCUGUGCCAAAUAACCGUACAGAAAGCAGCAGCAAUUACACCCAUUGCAACCAGAAAAAUAAAUCUCCAAAGAAGAGGCCAGCUACAAAUGCUUUGGACAAUCAGACUCAAAAUGCUAGCACAAACAGUAACGAAGGCUUUCUUGGUGAGCUUUGGACUGAGACACAUGAUUCACAAGAAGAGGCUGAAAAGAAACAUUUUCUUGUUGAUACUCAGAAUGCAGAUACUGCUGCAAAUAUGUACUUGAGAAGCUUUGCUGAGAUGCCAUCUCAAACUUCAUUGCAACCUGGUACAACUUUUCCUAGUACCAGUUCUAGACGACAGGCAGUGGUUGAGGGCACAGGAGCACCAACAAAUUCUCUUCCAAAGAACGGUGACAGAAGACAAAACAGUUUCAGUGCAAACAAAGCCCAAAUUCCUUACAAUGCUGAUGGAAAAAAUUCCAGCCGGCCAGACACUUCUGAUUCUAUGGGGGUGGUGAGCUCAGAAUCUACACAAAGCAGAAACUGGAAUAGUCCUAAGCUUUUCUCUCUGUCUAGGCAACAGUCACUGUCAAGUAAUGCCAGCAGUAGGCGUGCCCCCACUGAUCUUCAAAUAUAACAUGAGUUAACUCAUUAGCUGCACUGAACAAUGCUGGGAUAAUUCCUGAAUACAGACAUAACCCAGACCUGUGUGUAAGUGCAGCUAAAUAAUUCAACUUUAACCAGCUCUUUACGUAGGUAGAAAAGUUCUGUAACCCUUUGAAUAGUAGCUAAGUAAUUUUAAACAGUCUCUUUACUUCCUUUGUAAUGAAAAUGUGGCAUAGACCUCAGUGUAUAAACCUCCACGCUCCAGCUAAAAAAGAAAAAAAUACAUCCUCCUAAUCCACAUAUUAGGAGAAAGU